AGCAUGCAGUCGACCAGCUCGCAGAAGCGCAGAAGGGUCGUCCGAGCCUGCGACCGCUGCCGGAAGUUGAAGAUCAAGUGCUCUGGAGACCUCCCGUGCAUCCACUGCACCGUCUACAGCUACGAGUGCACCUACGACCAGCCAAACCGCUCCAAGCGGAAAGGGCCCAGCUCUGUUGCUGUCCCUGCAACCAGGUUCAACUCUUCCACCGUCUCCAUUUUGGCAUCCUCGAACCCAGAGCUGUUCUCAAAGCUUACAGACAGGUUGAAGUUGUACGAUGAUAUUCUACACCGCCUCUUGCCCGAAAUCAAAUUGACGGACUUGAACGAUAACCCAAAACCCAUAAACCCAAUGAAGUUGAUGUCCGCGCUGAACAAGUUGAAGGGCAUGGGCAAGUCGAUCUCAAAGUCGUCAAGCAAGCAUAUCGCAAAAAUGUACGACUCGAUUGCAUCUCCUCCGCUGGUCAAACCAAAGGCUGUCUCCAUAAGCAGUAACUCCCACAUCCAGGGCUUGGACACAAAUAACAGCCAGUAUCAGGGCAUCGAUGGAUCCUUAGAAUCCACUCUCGGUAAAGAAAUUAAGAUCAUCUUGCCUUCCAGAGAAGUGGCUCUUGAUCUCAUUACCAAGACCUGGGAGAACGCUUGCGUUCUAUUCAGAUUCUACCAUAGAGUUGCUUUUGUUGAAGAUCUCAAUGAAUUGUACGAUACAGAUCCGAACCAGUAUACGAACAAACAACAACGGUUUUUGCCGCUGGUAUACUCGGUCAUGGCCUGCGGUGCUCUGUUUUACAAAAGUGACGAAAAUACAAACCACUCGAGACUAGACAGCAACACACAAAACAGCGACACCAACAGUAAUGACGGAAACAGCAACGCAAACACUCCGGGAUCACUCCACUACGACUACAUCCAAAGAAAGGAUUUUGAAGAUGAAGGUUAUAGAUACUUCAUUGCAGCAAGAAAAUUGAUCGAUAUAACCGAUACUAGAGAUACUUACGGCAUCCAAACAAUCGUGAUGUUGAUUAUCUUCUUACAAUGCUCGGCAAGGUUAUCAACUUGCUAUGCCUACAUCGGUAUUGCCCUGAGAGCAGCCUUGAGAGAAGGUCUACACCGUAAAUUGGACUACCCAUUCAACCCUAUUGAACUCGAAAUUAGAAAAAGACUCUUUUGGACAAUUUACAAGAUGGAUAUUUACGUGAACACUAUGUUGGGACUUCCAAGGACCAUUAGCUCAGACGAUUUCGACCAAGAUAUGCCGAUCGAAUUGGAUGAUGAGAAUAUCACCGUCAGCGGUUAUAGAUGGGACAGACAGGGUGAUAGACUCUCAAGUGCCGGGAUUGCCAAUGCACACACUCGUUUGAUCUUUUUGAUGAAAGAGGUGGUGACAAAGCUUUAUCCGAUCAAGCCCAAAAAGAAUAUCGGCAACAACGGUAAUAGUAACAAUAACCAUAAUAGUGAUGAUCACAAUAACAGCAAUAACAACAGAUCUGACCUGAUUCGGAACAAUUUUGUUUACGAUUUGGAGCUAAAGCUACAGGAUUGGAUGAACAGUCUACCGCUCGAGUUGAAGCCCGGUGUAGAACCACCGGGGCAGUACUUGAAAGCGAACCGUCUUUUACACAUCUCCUACUUGCAUGUUAAAAUCAUUCUUUACCGUCCAUUCAUCCAUUACAUUUCCACCAACGUGCGAUCGAACUCUUUGAACGAUUUGACAUGUAUCGAGAAGGCAAAGAACUGUAUCAAUGUCGCACGGAUUGUGGUGAAGUUGGCCGAAGAUAUGAUCAACAAGAACAUGUUAAGUGGAUCGUAUUGGUUUUCAAUCUACACAAUUUUCUUCUCUGUCGCGUGCUUGGUCUACUAUGUUCAUUUUGCGCCUCCUAUCAACAGGGACGGACAGCCAGAUCUAGAGUAUAUUGCGAUCAAGAAGGAUGCCGAGAACGGUAAAAGAGUGUUGGACAUUUUGAAAGAUAGUAGUAUGGCUGCACGCAGAACCUACAAUAUCUUGAACGCACUUUUCGAACAACUGAACAGGAAGACAGCAAGAGCAGGUGUCAAUAAUAGCCCGCAGUUUGUUCCUGCGCACGCGGGGACUCCUGAGUAUACUAAGCAGAGACAACAGCAGCAACAGAAACAGCAGCAAAAGCAAUCUCACCAACAGCAACAGUACACUCGUCACCAACACCAAUACUCGAACACUUCUCAGCCAGAGUCAGUUGAAAGCCAGUACAAUAUGGGCAAUACAAAUGUGGGGAGUUUAGAAGAUCCGAGUUACACUGAUGUCAACAGUGGUAUCGACCUUGCUGCCAACAAUGAUGGCUACCAGCGGUUUGGCGGAUCUACGUCCAACGGGUCACUCAGAUCACCUCAAAUGCAGACUCCUUAUGUUCCUGGUCCUAUGGAUCAGAUGGACAUGAAGAUUUUCGGCCGAUUCUUGCCCCCAUAUAUGCUCAACAAC